ACACACGCUCAGACGUGACGCCAGCUGAGUUGGCCAAGCACUUCUGAUGACAUUUAUUUAUUUAUCUGCCUCUUUUAAAUCCGGCACAGCUGUGCAUCUCCUCCUCAAUGCCGGUCUUAUUUUUAUAGUGUGAUUUUUUAUUUUUUAUUUUAAUUUUUUUUCCUUUUUUUCUUAGUACAUCAACAAACGAGCAGGCAGGGAAGGUGUUACACAUCUGGAUCAUACCAUCACAUCGGGUCGCGCUACUCGGGCCACUACAGACAUGAGGAUUUUUCCCUACGCUGCGUAUAAAUGAUGAAUUUACUACGGGACUGCCACUCUUGAUGCAAGCCUGAAAAAGGAAAAAAAAAAAAGCUGAGGAUACCAUCACCAGAGUCUGUGCGUGGAUUAAAGCAUGGGGACACUGGAGCGUGGUUUGCCUUCUCUAUGGCUUCACAUAAACCCAGAUGCCUCCCUUGCCUCUUGACGAGCGCAUAGUGGUCAUUCAGCGCCCUAAAAACUUGGCCCUGUGUGAGUCGUCUCCGCAAACCAUCCCACAGCACUCCUCUCAGAUAUCAGCUGCCUCAAAUGGACAAGUCGCCCACCCACAUUUCCACCCGUCUCAGUCCCACUUCUACUCUCCAGCCUGUAAAUCUCUGACUCUGGAAUGCAAGCGCAGACUGUCCCGUGUUCAGAAGUUCAAGGCCAACCAGCCUGUCAUCCCAGCGGGGGUCAGACACGUCCCUAGCCACUGUCACAGCAAUGGCACAGUAACACUUGGCCCACGGCUGCCGUCCCACACACAUACUAUUGAUAUCAGGGUGACAGUGGACAAAGGAGGACGAGGUGGACACAGCAAUUCGUUACGACGCAGCUCAAGUGUAAAAGGCGGCCGAGGGAAAUGUGUUUCUUCACAGGUGGACCAAGGACAAUAUGACAGAAAAUUUGGAACUGCAGGGAGGGCAGAUGGAGCCGAACACAAGUCACAACGAAGUCACCAAAGUCAACUAAGUUCUUCCCCUGGAGCGGUGCUACAGUUUGUUCCUGCCCAGGCACAGCAGCAUAAAUUCAAGAGUGAAAAGGAAAACAGUACUUUUCCCAACAGAGGCAACCAGGAGUUUCCCUCUUUGAGUCACAAGAAAAAUUCCAAACUGGGAACUGUCCAUCAAAGCCAAAACAGUCACAGUCUGCCCUACCACCACAGCUCAGUCCCCGUGCCCCAUGCCGCGAUCCUAAACUCAAACUUCCCCUCAUCCCCUCCCUCCCAACCCACCCAUGCUCCGAUCUCAUUUCAACAACUCAGCCAGCCUCGCCCGUCCCGUCCCAGGGAUCACCACCCCCACAUUCUCCAUGGUCUACCCCUCUCCCCCUGCUCCUCCCACGGUGGGGGUUUCCCCAGCCCUGACCACACCUGCACUAUCGACUGCACCCACCCGUUCAGCUGCGGCUGCUUGAGGCUGGUAAGAUGCCGAGGCUGUAGAGGGCAUUCAGCUAGCUGCCAAGGAGGUGGAGGAAGCACGUCCACCUCUUUUUCCUGUGUUCACAAUGUUGGAGCAGUAAAGAAAGGAAGCAAAGACAUGGGCUUGAAAAAUCUGGGUGGGUGUCUGUCCACCGCCUCCACCUCCAACACCUCCUCUUCCAACAGCACUGUGUCUGACUGCCGAGCAAACCUGUUCAAGCCCAUCCACUGCACCUCCUGCUCCGGUGAGGCCAGCAACUAUGAGAGUCCUGCUAUACUUCGGAAAAAACUGGUAGGGGGAUGCCUGCCAUGCACCCCCCUGUCCUCCUCAGCCCCUCUUCGGGCCCUGCAGAGCUGUGUAACAGGCUGCAACCCCAAAGCCUCUCAGACAGGAAGUUCAACCUGCAGUUACUGUAGCAGCGACCCCAUAGUGGUGACAUUCAACCCUCGGAGAGGCAAACCUCCUGGAAGAGGUGUUGGAGGGGCUCAUCCGAUGGGUAUGUUCCAGUCUGACGAUGACGAUUACAGUGUUCGCACUAUCUGGCCUGAAGAAUUGGCCAAAAAGAUGACCCAUUCGAAAACACAAAAGAAUCUCUGUCCUGGAGUGGGGGUUGGAAAAACCUGUGCAAACCAGGCUCAAAAUAGCAGUAACGGAACAGGCCUCGUUCUCCUGGACUGUCAGAACCUCCAGGAAUAUGCACAGUCUCAGCUAACAGACCACGCCGGCCGACGGCGGCUUCACCAAGGCAAAAUGGCCGCCCUCGAUUUUAUAGGCGGCAGGUCAGGGUCGGGGUACAACGAUGGCCAGAACUCACUGAAGAGGCUCCUAAAUAAAGACGACACAGGAUUCAGGGAUCAUCCUGAGCAUGAUGGAGAUGCAUCAUAUCCUCGUUCCCCCUCCCCCCAGCCCCCAUCCCCCCCAUCACCUGUUUCCUUCUCACCUCCACCGUCUGCACCGAGCACGCUCAUCAAACCCAAACCCUGGCAGAGAGAACGGGAGGGAGGUCAUUCUCUGCCGUCGGCCCAGUCAUUGCACCUGGCGUUGAACUCACUGAACAGAGAGCAAGAUGAAGAGAACAGCAGAAUGCACCUCUCCCUGCCACUCUCCUCUUCGCUGCCGGCCUCUCUGUCCGAUGAGAGUCUGAUGACUCCUGAUGCAGAGAAUGCCGUGGUCAGUCCCAUCCUGCCCUUCCUGUUUCUGGGGAAUGAAAGAGAUGCCCAGGACCUGGACCUGCUGCUCCGCCUCAACAUCGGCUACGUAGUCAAUGUGACCACGCACCUGCCCCUCUACCACCAAAACUCCGGACUGCGAUACAAGCGGCUGCCAGCCACCGAUAACAGCAAGCAAAACCUUCGACAGUACUUUGAGGAAGUGUUUGAGUUCAUUGAGGAGGCAUAUCAGAGUGGACAGGGCGUGUUGGUUCACUGCCAGGCAGGCGUCUCCCGUUCUGCAACAAUUGUCAUUGCGUACCUUAUGAAGCACACCCUUAUGACAAUGACAGACGCCUACAAGUACGUACGCAGCCGCCGCCCCGUGGUUUCCCCAAAUCUCAACUUCAUGGGCCAGCUGUUGGAGUUUGAGAGGGACCUCAACUCUGGGGUCACCCCUCGCAUCCUGAUGCCUAAACUUAACGGUGUGGAGACGCAAGUGUGAGAAAGGUCAGAGGUCAGGAGCACUAGGCGGUAAAGGAGAGAGAAAAAAAUGGAUUUUAGUGGCAUUAUUGAACGAAAAAGAAAGUGCAGCACAUUUUGGAAGAGAGCUAUGAUGUGGAAAAACUUCAGCAAAGUGCAAAAUGAUGAUCUGUUUGACAAUUAGUGCACUUUUAAUACUGUGAGAAAAUGAGUGUCUGGUCUGGUUGUAACUCUGACAAUUUAGUCAUCUUCCAGUAUACUGUUUUUAAGAAAAUGUGCCAAUAUUUUGUAUAGAUCUAACAUCACUCAGAUAUCUCUUCUCUUUUAUUCUGAUGCCUCCUCCUUUUUGUUCCUACCGUUUACAUUCACAGCCACAUACAGUGACUUUAUUGCCAUUCAUCAUAAAUGCAUGCAGCAGAUGAAAGCAGACAGGAGAUGGGUUCACUGUUAAUGACCUACGUCAUCCGCAACACCACGCCAACAUCUCCACUACAUGUAGCAACACACGAGUCAUUGCAAUGCACUUUACUGCCCGUGUUUUAUCAUCACCAUCUGUACUGGCUUGAGGAUGAAAGGAAUUUGUCAAAAAAAAAACAACAACAAAACAACACCUUAGUCACUGUUUUUGGUUCACAGUUGUCAUGUUUUUCUUGGGAUUAUCUCCAGUUUUGGACCUGUGUAAUAAUAGAGCAGAAUGGACCUAGUAUGAACACGAGUGGCAUUAACCUGAGAAACAAAAUGCAAAAAGGACAAAUAGCUAAUAGAAGUGUGUUUAUAUGGUUUUAUUUUAGUGAAACAGCCUGAACAGUAGCAGCAAAGACACUACAUAUAAAAGUAUUAUAGAAUUACUGUGUAAAAAAAAAAAACUUCCACAUACUUCAAUUUCAGGUUGAUUUAAGGCCUUUGAAUAUAAGUAAAUAUAAGUGAGGAUGAGUAUUAGUAACCUAACAUUAUGAGUUUAAUGCACAACAUGAUUUACAGUAUUUACAAUGGCUGGAAGUGGGAGUUUUGUUGGCCUGCUGUUAUAAUGUGCUUUCAGACCUUCUCCAACUGUGCAUUGUUCAUUUUGUGGUCAGUUUAAAGAAGAAAUGCAUUAGUUUUGUUGACCUUUUUUUAGGGAAAAAAACAAAAAAAAACAAACUCUGUCCCUGUGUAAGUCUUUAGUUUCGGUGUUCAGCAUGAAACAGUCCUAAGGGACGAGUCGUGGCGCAUGCAGACUGAUGUUUUUCUUAAAAUUUAAAGAGCACAUUGAAGUUCGCAACAACACAGUGGAGAUUUCAUUUCAUAAGCCUUAAUUUCUGAUAUUGACAUUUUUGUGUUCUCUUAAUCCCUACAAGAAACAGAGACAAGACAACAAAGUCACUUUGGAAAUUUUAUGGCUUAGAUUUUCUUACUUGGAGUCAGUUGUAGAAACUUGUAAAGUCAAAUCUACUUUUUAUGUCCUUAAUUUCAAAGUCAGAACAUCAGAGUUUUUUUGCCUGAUUAGCCGUCACUCUUCCUCAUCUUGUAUUUUUUUCUUUUUGCCUUAUUUUCCGAACUGGAAGUCUUAACUGUGUCAUUCAUGACUAUGCAUUAUUUUAUUCGAGAGGACAAUGGUUUGACAGGAGGAGGUUUCACUGAAUUCACUGUGACAUUUUCCUCUAUAUUGAUAAGGUGUAGGCCGACUAAACACUUUUACCUGCCUCAAAACUCUGUCUUAUUAUCACAAAAAGAAAAAUGCAAAAUGUGUCUUAUACAUUAAUCGGUGGAAUAUGUGCAGAUUAAGUACUUUACGGUAAAAACUGUGGCUAAAAUGGAACAGCAGCAUUUGUCUCUAAACAGUGUGAUGUGUAGUUUAACCAAUAGCAGUAUUUGCAAAGCAUCAUAGCUCCUUCAACACUGUGUAACUAAAUGAUUUGAUAGAAAGUCUAUGUUAUGAUGAGGAUUAUUUUGCACAUUGUACAAUCUGAUGCCAUAACUUUUAUUCAGAUGUCACACUGUACUUAAUUAUUUAAUAAUCUAACACUUUGAGGAUGACAUGUGAUUAUUUUCAUCUGGCCUCAAUUGUGCAACCUUGUCAUAUUUGACACAUUUGCAAAGCAUGUCAUUCCUUAACAUGUAGCUCUGGGAAGAUGAAGCAUUUGUGUUAUUUUAUCGUAUUUAAUGUACUUUUUUCAUCUUUACAAUCUACAAUCUACAGAGGCUGAUUUCUAAUCAAAAGGCAAUGCAAAUCAGCCUGCAAAUGAAACUUAUUUCUACAUUUUGUGAUAGAACUAUAGCUGUGUUUCACUUACAUCAAAUGUUGUGAAGCCUGAAAGGGAUGUUUUGGCUCUUUGAAAGUCCCUCAUUGUUGUAUUUGGAAGAUUCAUUGGAUUGUGUUUUAAGAAGAAACAGAAGGUACCAGUUUGUAUGUCGAGCAUUUUUUGUUUUUCUUUGAAGAAAAUGCCAGUUGCCCCCUUUUUCCAGAUUUUACAGGAACUUGUGGUUAAAUAAUAACCUGCAGCAAGUUCCAAGAACCAAAAUGCCUUCAGCUUAGCCUUGUGUAAUUUGGUCCUCCAGUGUUGUCACUAUAAAUAUGACUUUGUAAAAUAAGGUUUCUGAAAUUUGCUUGUUGGAUUUAUUUUCUGGCAAAGUGACUUUGAUAUAGGCUAUAUAUUUUUCUACAGUAAAACUUCAUCACUGUAAUGCAGAUUUCGGUAUAAACAUACUCUGUCUGUGUAUUUACUGUUUUUUACAUGAAUCUUUCUUUUGUACAAAAGGCUGUUUAGACAGAACGACAUCUUCCAGCUCUACAGUGUCGACACAGAUCCUCAGCUUUGUUUUUCAGUCUCAGUGCUGUCGGACCUCAGUGAACAUAGGUCAGAAUACGUUUCUGUUUUUACCUCUCGCCUUUAUUUCAGCUGAGAGCUCAGCCAAACAUCACCCUUCCAGUCUCUCCAGCUCAGCUAGCAGUAGGUGCCGUGUUAACCUUCGAAGAGGGCCUGUUGCUGUCGCUCCUUGAUUUUUAUACAGACUUUAUAUGCAAAGUGGCUGUCGAAGCAAUUUCUUUAAUUAAAGGACCUACUGUGCAGUUGAGUCAACGCUGACCUCAGACAUUUGUACUUGAGAGAUUCAUCAAAGGGAAAUGAACUGAACUUUUUCUCUAAAAACCUGAAGGGCCAGUGUCUCUGUGAGCAUCAGUUUGUGUAAAAACCUCCUGCUUGUGUUUUGCACUUGAAAAGAAGAAACAUUUGGAAGUGGUCACUGUAUGUCUGCAAACUUUUUGAGAACUGUAUAUCUGUGCAUUGCUUAUUUGUGGAAACUUUACUCCUGUUUGUAUUUUAUUGCUCAUUUUUAAACAUUGUGUUAUUUCCUGUACCAAAUAUUGAAUUUUAAGGAUAUUGAUUACUAUUUGAUGAUGGGAAUGAUGUUGCGAUAAAAGGCAGAUCACCUCCUUCCUUCCUUCUGGGGGUAAGAACUCUUCAGGUAUGACUAUCAUUGUAAUGCUGUGCUGUUUCACCCCGCUGCCCCACAUCCCCCAGACUCAUAUGACCUUCCCUGUGAUGCUCUCUGUUGCCCCCUUGCUUUUCAUAAUGGAUUGUUUUUCUCGAGCAAAUGUAAUAUUUUCAUAUUGUAGUAACUGGUCCUUGUAUUUAGACAACCUUCGUGUACUGACUAUACUCUUCAGAAUACUUUGAGGUGCACUGUGACUAAAACAAUGCUGCUAUAUCACAAAGACUUUAUUGUGUAUGUCACGUUCAGCAGAUGCAAAGUGAUGCAUACAGCUAAAAGUGACGGAUACAAAACAAUGGGCUUGGCCAUGAAAGCCCUGCUUACCAGUCCAAUCCAGGCUUUAUUGUACUGCGUCGGCGCAGUUGAUUUAUCUCAGAAUGAUUGUGUGCACAAGUGUAGGAUUUGCUUCUGUAGGUUUUCCUCAUGAAAUUGAUAAAAAAGAAAAGAGAAAGUGUUAAAAAAAAAGGGCCAAAAAACAUAGCUGUCAGAUAUUUCUCAAAUCCAUUUCAUGAAUCUGUGUGAAAGCAGAGUGUUAAGCCUUUUAUUCUUUACCAAAACAUCCUUUCUUUCACUUCAGUCAUAUAUUUUAGGAUAGGGUUGUAAUUUAAUUAAAGCGAAGGAACAUUUUUUGCAAGGUAUCUGUUGAAUUUAGCUCUAUAAUCUAUCUGCCAGGAAACAGUUUUACAUAAUGUGAAUAACAAAAAUAUUCUCUUUUAAUCAAUAACCUUUCUUUUUACAUAGUUGAUAUCAUGUCAAGAUGUGAUGUCAAGUACUUUGAAAUGUGAUUUGUUGACUAAAUCGAUAAUAAUAACAACAAUAAAUCAACAUUAACUAUUACAAUGUCAGUAUUAUUACACUGUUAUUAUAGUAUCAAUAAAUCAAAGAAGGAUUAAAGAGGAGCCUUUUGGUUUCCAUACAUUAGCUCUUAAACUGUCUAAAGUUGAAACUAAUAAAAAUGCAUUUCUGGACCCGAUUCAUUUGCCCCUUUAUAACAUAAUAUACUCUUAGUAUAGAUGGGCUUUGGGGAUAAUGUACUUCUCAGACAUUAAAGUCCAAAACUGUAUCUAUAAACCACCUUGUAGCACAAAAUAAUAUGCAAAAGUGGAGUUAUACUGAAAUACUCUUCAGAGCAUCUGUAGCUAGAAAGUCAGCCAGUGUCAAGAUCAUCAACCCAAAUACUCACAGGCCUUCCACGCAUCCAGAACUUCCCAGAAACAAAUGAAAAUAUGUAGCAAAAGCGGGAUGUAGGGGAGAAGAAAUUGUGCAAAUUGAAACUUGCAUUGGUUUAAAUCAUGUGUUACUCAUAUCCGAGCAGAGGAGAUGUGAAAUACAAGGGGUUUGAAGACACUUUGUAGACGUGCAUCAACAGCGGCUGCUAAAUGAGUAACAAACUCACUUCUUACAGGUUCAUUCUUCUCCAUUUCAUACAUAUUUGAUCAGCAGCUGUUCUGAAAAAUGUGGUUUCUUUGUUGGUAACAUGAAUGAAGUUUUUCACUCAAGUGGUUUAAUUGCUGUCUUGUCUUCUUUUAUGUUGGUUCUAGCUGAGUAUGAUAAACCAUAAUAGCAUCCCAAAAGUGUGCAGUUCAAAACCUGAUGGCUGGAUUGUGAAGUUGUUCUCCAUGUUCAUUUCUA